GAGAAGGGCAUGGCGGGAAAUGUAGUUCAAGAGCCCGGAUGCCGGCGUACGCAAACCCGUCGGUGGCUUUUAAACAAAAAAACGCAGAGGGGUGUAUUUGCUUUGCCCUGGAGAGGCAGCGAGAGGGUGACGUGUCAGCUCGUUAGGGGCGUGUGCAGAGGAGCAGCUCUAACCUUGCCUCAGGUUGAGUGGGAGGAGCCAUGCAGCCGCCCCUGAGCGUGCCGUUGACGGACGUGGUCAUAUUAGAGACUAUGGACAUACUUUUUAGAAUAAGAGGAGGCCUUGAUCUGGCAUUUCAACUUGCCACCACUGAUGAUUCGUCAACAAAAGAGGCACUGAAAUAUGUUUUCAGUGAUCUUACAGCCAAACUGGCUUCAGAUGUGCUGGUAUUCAGAAUCUGUCACAGCUCGGUGUAUCUGUGGCCAAAUAGUGGGAAAAAUUCAGUUGCAAUAGAGCUUACAGAUGAUUCUGCAUGUAAGGAAAUACUACGAUUUAUUCAAUUUGAGCAGGAAGAUGAUAACAAACGCAGGUUUUCAAAAAAGAAAGAUAAAAAGUUACAAGAACUGCAACCUAUAGUAAAUAUAGAUCUUAUGCUGGAAAUGACAACUUCGUUAGAUCCUCUUUCUCCAAUCAUUGAAAAGGAGAGCAGGGGGCAUCACUACAUAAGCAUGACCUUGCCAGUUGAUGCUGUUGUCUCUGUGUCUCCAGAAGAAAUGUGGCGGAAUGUACGAAGUCUCCUGGUGAAUGCGAUUCAUACACAGCUAACCGAUAUGGAAAAGUGCAUUUUGAAAUAUAUGCAAGGAACAACUGUUGUGGUGCCUGAACAAUUUCAUUUCAUGCUACCAGGAAAAAAACAUAUUGUAACAGUCUCAUAUCCUACAGGCGUUUCUGAUCAGAAAUUGGAGACUUACAGACAGGAAUUACAUAGACGGUUUAAUCUACCGUUUGACAGACCUUAUUUCCGAAGGGCUAAUGCCUAUCAUUUUCCAGAUGAACCAUUCAAAGAUGGAUAUCUCAGGAACCCACAUGUACAUCUCAACCCACCUGGUAUAGAGUCUGGGAUGGUGUAUUUGGUAUAUGGCACAUAUAGUUACCAUCAUUACAUGCAGGAUCAUAUUGAUGAUAAUGGCUGGGGCUGUGCCUAUCGGUCUCUACAGACUAUAUGCUCAUGGUUCAGGCAUCAGGGAUACAUGGACCGGUCAAUACCAACACACAAGGAAAUCCAACAGGCUCUAGUUGAUGUUGGAGACAAGCAACCGGGAUUUGUUGGAUCACGCCAAUGGAUUGGUUCUAUCGAAGUGCAGCUUGUACUGAAUCAACUCCUAGGGAUAACUUCAAAAAUACUCUUCGUCAGCCAAGGGUCUGAGCUGGCUUCUCAGGGAAGAGAACUUGCUAAUCAUUUCAAGACUGAGGGAACACCAGUGAUGAUUGGUGGUGGAGUCUUGGCUCACACAAUUCUAGGAGUAGCAUGGAAUGAGAUCACAGGGCACAUAAGAUUUCUGAUCCUGGACCCACAUUAUACCGGAGCAGAGGAUCUGCAUAUUAUAUUAGAAAAGGGCUGGUGUGGAUGGAAGGGUCCAGAUUUCUGGAACAAAGAUGCUUAUUAUAACCUGUGUCUUCCUCAACGACCAAAAAUUAUUUAAAUGGCUAUUUAGAUGAUCAUGGUAAACUACCGGAAGUUCUGUAAAUACAUAUAGGUACACAAACACACUUACGCAGUGAUUAUUUUACCUUAACAUAGUAUUAUGUUGCUCAGCACCUGUUAAAAAAAAUGCUAAUCCAAUAUAUUAGUGUCCAAAUAAUGAGGGGGGUUUCAAAUAAAACCUGAUUAUUAAACAUUGUUAUUUCCUAAUAGCUGGCCUUUCUGCAUUUAUAAUCUGAUCCUAACAGCGCAAUACCAUACAUAACUGUUCAGAGUAUACGCUGCUCAACAAAAUCAUGUACAUUUUAACCCUAUGUUUGAACACUGGUUAAAGGUAUUUGUAAAGUGGAUCUUGGGACCUCGCAACAAUGCUAAUUUUUAAUAAGCAUUCCUUGAGUGUGUUUGUGUGUGAUAUAUGGAGCAUUUGUUGUGGAAGGAACAAAAUACCAAUCACAAAAUCAGUGCUAGAUGUCACAUAGUUACUUGGGGCAUAGAUGGUAGAAAGAGAGGGCACAGUUUAUACAUAAAUAUUUUAUUGUGUGAAUACAGGAAUUAAUAUUUU